AGGGUGGGAAAAAGAGAGAGAGAAAGAGAGAGAGAGAGAAAAGGAAAGGAAAAGAUAUCAAGUGUAGUGCGCGAAUAUCUUCAACAAUUUCGCUACGUGAUAUUCGUGAUAGGGAGUAAAUUAAAAGAAAAAAGAUAUAGAGAAAGGGAAAGAGAAAGAAAGAAAGAAAAGGAAAGAGAAAGGGAAAAAGAGAAAGAGAGAGAGAGAGAGAGAGAGAGAGAGAGAGAGAGAGAGAGAGAGAAGGAUAGAAGGAUCCCGGCCACGUGCGAAGCGAUUACGCGAGGGAACGAUACUACGACUACUAACAGUGUGUGUGAGUGUGACGACAAGAGGAAACUUUGUGAGAACGAUUAAAGAAGAAAUUAUUGAAAUUGGUGUUUGUUAGGGGAUGGGUUAAAGGGCAAAAAGGUAGAGCUAUCUAUCGAGAAGAGAGAGUUUCUAUGGAUUACUGGCCGAGUUGACACGGCCGCCGGCCGAAUCCUUUUUUCUCCAUCACCAUCGUCAUUAUCGUCGUCGACGUCAUCAUCUUCUUCUUCUUCUUCUUCUUCUUCUUCUUCUUCUUCUUCUUCUUCUUUUUCUUCCUCUUCUUCUUCUUCUUCCUCUUCUUCUCCUUCUUCGUUAUCCCUAUAUUGAAGAGCAUUCUGUGCCUCUCUCUCUCUCUCUCUCUCUCACACACACGCACGCACACACACACACACACACACACUUCGUCCCUCUCCAUCUCUCUUUCUCUCUUUCUAUCCUCUCUCUCCCUCUCUUUCCUGUCUAUCCAACGGACAACGAAAAAAAUAAAAGAGGAAACGUUAGAGAGAUGCCUAUGGAAUCGUCAAAGGUACGGAUUUACCUUUGGGUGGUGCUGCGACGACUUCACGAAGGCGUCGUCGAUCGUGUUAAAGAAAGAAAGAGAUAAGAAGGAGUACGAAGAUGAUAGAAGUAUACGUGACGAAUUAAAAGUGUUAGAGACAUGGUGCUUGUUCAUUCGAUCACGAUUUAUGAUAGGUGUUAUGAAAGUACUGUACGUUUAAUUAUACUUCCGAAGGAAGGUAGGAAGAAGAAGAAGAACGACGAUAACGAAGUAUGAAUAAUAGUGCGUAUAGAUCUUGGACGACUGAAUAAUUGAUAAUAUUAAAAACGGGAAAUAACGUGUUAAAUCUGUGUUGCUCCGAAACAGAGAAAAAAAAAACGAAACAAAACAAAAGAAAAGAAAAGGAAAAGAAAGAUCGAAAAGAAGGAAGGCCAAUUUAUAUUAGAAUAGCAGAAACAAUCUGAAGAAGAUCGUAUUAAAGUAGUAGCAUCCGGCCGCCGCAGCUCUAAUCCCCAUUGCGGGAUCGCGCACGAGCUAGCGCGUGAGGAACGGUGCGCGCGCGAGAAUCUAUUUUUUUUUCCAAAGAGUUGAAGGGAUGUCACGGAGAAAGCAGGCCCGACCGAGCCGUGCCCAUCUCGAGGAGGAUCUUAUCCAGGGCCCUCUCCUGAUCGAUCCGGUUGGAAGCAUCAUUAACGAGAGCCGAGAGGAAAAUGAUUUCAUAUCGGACGGCGAGGAGAGUGGCGGCGGUGGAGGAGGAGACGAAGCGGUUGAUCUUACAGCGGCUCGAACUCAUCACGGAGAUGAGGAUGAAAAGGAUCAAGAGGAUCCUUUGGAGGAAGAUGAGGAAGGCGUCGACGAGCAAGACGAACAGGACGAGGACGAAGAAGGCUCGCGAAAGCAAAUGCACCAUCGGCAGGACGCGGAAAACAAUAACAACUUCGUUGAGGGUGGAGCGAGUAGCGGGAUCUUUCCACCGGCUGGUACUAGUCACGUCACACUCGAAGCCCUUCAAAAUACGAAAGUGGCCGUCGCUCAAUUUGCGGCCACUGCACUCGCCGGUGGUGCGGACAGUGAGGCAGCUCUACAGGACUUGGCCCUUUUGCAAAGUACGCUAUACACGCUUCAACAUCAGCAGGUUUUUCAAUUGCAGCUGAUAAGUCAGCUGCAACAACAAUUAUCUAUUACUCAUGGCCAAUCUGUGCCACAAUCGUCGACGGCUGAGCCACCCAAUAGCAAGGAAGCUUCGCCGUCUCCUGUCCUGCAUCCGAAGGCAUUGUCUACAUUGACCUCGCCACCUUCCUGUCGAUCACCUAGCAGUAGUCAUCGUCAACAAAGCUCGCCGGCGCCGGCAACGCCUAAUCUACCCCAAGAACGGCCUACGCCUAGCAGCAGUGCUUCUCCUCUGAAUCUGCCGCUGCCAGCUACGCCGAACGUCUCCUCGAGCAUACCAACGACGAGUAACAAUAGCAAUCUAGCGUUGUCUCAUCAGAUGCCGCCGCUAUGCUCGAUAAGCUCGUCCUUGGCGUCCUCGAUAAUAACCAAUACGGAUCCACCGCCGCUUCACGAACCCAACACCUUGGAAAUGCUACAGAAACGAGCGCAAGAGGUGCUGGACAAUGCCAGUCAAGGACUAUUGGCUAAUAACCUCGCGGACGAGCUCGCCUUCAGGGGUGGCAAAGGUUCUCGGCUCUCGCCUUACGACUCGAAAUCAGGUGGCAGCCGGGGAGAACAUUUCUUCAAGCACCGAUGUCGUUACUGCGGCAAGGUUUUCGGCAGCGACUCGGCCCUACAGAUCCACAUACGAUCCCAUACAGGUGAGCGACCCUUUAAAUGCAACGUCUGCGGCAGCCGAUUCACCACGAAGGGAAACCUGAAGGUCCACUUCCAGAGACACACGGCUAAAUUUCCGCACGUUAAAAUGAACCCAAAUCCCGUCCCCGAGCAUCUCGACAAGUAUCAUCCGCCUCUCCUUCAGCAGAUAGCCUCGGGUCAGAGGCCAAUGCCGUCUCCGCCACCUCCGCCCCCUUCGCAUCAUCCCUCGUUUCAUCCAGCGGCUACGGCCCACGGAUUUCUUCCUCCUCAACCACCUCUGCCACUCAGUCUCGCCUUACCCGGAAUGCCACCCCUUUACCGGUCUCCCAUUAUUAAUCAUCGCGACGACCAAGAGUUACCGGAAAACUUGAGUAAACCCGUAACCACGGUACCGACGGCCACCUCGCCCCUCUCCCCAGCUGCUCUCUCCAACUCCCACCAUUCCUCUUUCCACGAUAAUCAUCAACAACAGCAGCAAAAGCAACAGCUCGAGCAAGAGGAAAUCAAAAUGGAACAGCGUUCGCCUCUUCAGGAACAAUAUCAGCAACGACCGACUAGUAGGGACGGUACUGAUAGAAUAACGCCGAAGAAAGAACCUGAGGAUACCGAGGAACCAGUGGAAGAGGAGACCGAAGAUUUUGAAGAAACAAGGCGAUAUCUCGCUUCGCCGCCUUCUUCGGCUAACCCCCCCUCGCAACCUCAAACCUAUGAGGACUGUAGUAUGGAUAGUAAGAUAAGUGGCAGAUUGGAGGCCGAUGGUGAUAUGGAGGUGGACGAGGAGACCGAGGAACAACCGGAAAAUCUUUCUAGUCGAGGUACGGCCGGUCGUUUGCCUCAACAAAUCGUCGCCUAUCCCGGAGCAUCGCCGGCUAGUAGCAGUGCAAGCAGCGGAAGCGUUCAAACGUCUUUCGCCGGGAUUUUAUUCCCUGGGCCACCUGGUCAUCAUCAAAUACCACAUCACACUGUCGCGAACGCGAGCGUGACGCCAACCGUGUCGGCGGCCGAGAUGAUCGUCGACCCUGCCAAGGAUCCGGCGAUAUAUUCCAGUCUCCUUCCAAGACCCGGAAGCAACGACAAUUCUUGGGAGAGUCUGAUCGAAAUAACGAAAACGUCGGAAACAUCGAAAUUACAACAAUUGGUCGAUAAUAUCGAACACAAAUUGACCGAUCCAAAUCAAUGCGUUAUUUGUCACAGAGUACUCUCUUGCAAGAGCGCCCUGCAAAUGCAUUAUAGAACGCAUACAGGAGAACGUCCGUUCAAGUGUAAAAUCUGCGGGCGAGCUUUUACCACGAAGGGCAACCUCAAAACCCACAUGGGUGUACACCGUGCGAAGCCACAGCUUCGAGUGUUUCAUCAAUGUCCCGUUUGUCAUAAGAAGUUCACGAACGCUCUCGUGCUACAGCAGCACAUACGUCUGCACACGGGUGAGCCUACCGAUCUCAGUUUGGAACAGAUACAGGCAGACGAAGUGAACGAAUUUCCCCCUGGCUAUUCGCAUCAUCCAUUAGCCUCUUUCCUACCUCAAGGAUUUCCACCGAUACAUCCGACGAGCGCGGGUUUCUCCCUAGGAUUUCCACCCUCCCGACAGCCUACCAUAGAACGACAACACCAGAAAAACGACGUAGACGUUAAGGAAGAACCCCAACAGCAACAGCAUCAACAACAACAGCAACAGCAACAUCAAUUACAUCAUCAUCAUCAACAGCAACAGCAGCAACAACAGCAGCAGAGAUACAUGGAAGAACACAACGAGGAAGUGGAAGAGCAAGAAGACGAAGAGGAAGAUCGCAGGGAGGAUGACGAAAGGUGCGAGGUCAAUCGCGAUAGGUGUAUCCCGGACACCGAGGAGGAACAGGAUCACGAGAACGAGGAAAGCGAACAAAAAGAAAUCUCUCUAUCUACCUUCUCGACCUCUUUGGCUGCUUUGGAGAAUCAAGUGCGAACGAUCACGACUACGGCGACCGGCACGGCCUCGAUCGUCGCGAGAUCACCUUCCUAUCAUCGUUACAACGGCAGCGACAAGAGCAAUAGUCCUCCCACCGGUGGGGCACCCCUCGAUCUCACCCCUCGAGCCUCAUCGACGCCAGCCUCGGUAUCAUCCGCAGCGACGCCGCCACCCCAGACGACACCCCAUCACGCGCAUCCUUUCGGAAUGUUCGCAGGCCUCUUGCAGACGGUCUCCUCCUCGCCUUCCACCAGCACCAUGGGAUCCUCCUCCAGCAUAAACAGUGUCACUUCGAUGAAUACCGUCGCUCCUGGCAGCGGUGCCAGCGGUCCACUAGCCUCCCUCACUACAUCGGCAGUCCUUGCUGCCACAUCGACCUACAAUCCGCUCGGCCUAGCUGUCGGAGGGCCAGCAGUACGUGGAAACACUACGUGUAAUAUCUGCUACAAGACAUUUGCGUGCAACUCUGCUCUGGAGAUUCAUUAUCGAAGUCACACGAAGGAGCGGCCUUUUAAAUGCAGCAUAUGCGACCGAGGAUUUUCGACGAAGAAUGCUGGAUCGGACGUAUGCUCCUCGUGCGCGGAGCAACGAAAGCCCUUUGCCAUAAAGGGCGCCCCACAAACGAAUAACCGAUAUCAGAGCGAGGAGAGAAGAACGUCGACUAGCGGAAACGAGGAGAAACCCAAACGCAGGCGGCGGAGGCCUGAGGAACGGAAGAACCGGGGGCGGACCGGGACCGGAGGGGGGCGGGGGCUGACGUCUAUCUAUUCAACCGUCCGCCUGCCCCCGCUGAUGCCACCCGCCCUCGGACUUCUCACCUCGGACCACGUCUUCCUGGGCAAUAUGAAACAGCACAUGCUGACACACAAAAUACGCGAUAUGCCACCCCAUCUCUUCACCGAUGCGAAACAACAACACCAACAACAAAGCCAGGAUCACGAGAGUUCUAGGAGUCCUAUGUGCAGCGACGAUUUGAGUUUACCACCUCCACCUCCACCUCCACCACCACCACCGCCGGUACCACCGGCGUCAAUCGAGUCGGCAGUACCAAUGAAGAGAUCUCCACCCGAGGGUGAUCUUCCGGCACCAAAAAGACCACCCAGCGUGCCGAGUAAACACUUGUGCCAGAUUUGCAAUAAGAAUUUCUCAUCAUCUUCGGCGCUCCAGAUCCAUAUGAGAACUCAUACUGGCGACAAACCAUUCCGAUGCACCGUCUGCCAGAAGGCCUUCACCACCAAGGGUAAUUUAAAGGUACAUAUGGGAACCCAUAUGUGGACCAACGGAGCCUCGCGGCGAGGACGACGCAUGUCGUUGGAUCUGCCACCUCUGCCCAUCACUCCCAAGGACUCGGAGUUCCUCCAGCGACGGCCGGAUCUCUUCUAUCCUUAUCUACCCGCGCCAUUCCUUAACGGAGUACAGCAAAAGCUGAACGAGAUAUCGGUGAUCCAAAGUAACAACGGUUUGCCGGCACACUCGGUAGGCGCGGCAAAGUACGCAGGACUAUUUGGUUCCGUGUACAGUGGAAACGGAGGAGGCUUCCCUGGGGACAAACAACCGAUGGCGCCAACCAGCAACGGGCCCUUGGUCGACGGCAAACCAGCGAUACCAACAGGCUCGAUGCUUUUCCAAACGCCAUCGCCGUCUCAUUCGCCGGGUACACCUUCCUCUAACAGCGGAAAUCAAAAUUCGGCUAGUGUUCCGUCGUGGACGACGAGCACCGGCGACCCUCUUCAACAUCAUUUCGACAGAGAGCCACCAAGUAGAACAGAGAACGCAGCUACACCACCUACGGCGAGAUUACCGCCACCUUCGGCCCCAAGAGGUGAAGGGCUCGCCGCGUGAACCUCGACAUAUCCUUGGAUUUUCUUGUAAAAUCCGUAACUCGCUAUUUAUGUACAGUAUAGAAAUAAUAAUAAACAAAACAAAAAAGAGAAAAGAAAAAAAAAAGAGAGAAAAGCAGGAGGAGAAGAGAUCGGACCUUCGCUAAGUCCCGACCGGACUCACGGACUGGCUCAUCCACGAAAAAUGGAGUUUACGAUUUAUCCUCCGUCCCCGAGUGACAUAAAAGGAAGUGACCAUAACGAUACGAGAGAAGGAACACGACCAACGUCGAACGUUUUCCCGUGACUAACGAGCUCUAAAAUGAGCCUGUGCAUUUUUUUUAUUAUUAUGAUUAUUAUUAAUCUCGGGACUCAAACGGACUACAGCGCCGCUCCCGCCGUCGUCAUUUCUUCGAGUGAGCCGAAUAUCAGAAGAACGGUUUGUCCGGUAUCACUGUUCCCUUUAUUUCUGUCUUCAUUUCAUCAGUGUUCCAAAACUCAAAGAACAUCAAAUGUUCUUUCGUGUUAUUUUCCUACCUAAUAGAUAUCAAUAAUUAAUGUAUAAAUGAAUGAUAACGAGAUCUACGUUUUUUUCUCUUUCUCUCUCUCUCUCUCUCUCUCUCUCUCUCUCUCUCUUUUUCUCUCUCUUUCUCUCUCUCUCUUUCUCUCUCUCUUUCUCUCCUUUAAUAUAUCCAUAACUCUAUAUUAUACAGUGGUGCUACGGAUAAACGAAUGACGACAUCAUGUUCCUAUUAUAACACUAGUCUUAACGCGUAGAAAUGAUCGAUAGGUAAAUCGAUUCGAUAUUUGACUGCUUCCAGAUAGCUUAGGGAGCAAAAAUCAUACGAAGUCACUGACUCCGGGAAAUAUUUCGAAACCGGACCGUUUCGCGUUACUCCUUGCUCUUUUUAAUUAAUGCCUAUCCACACACAUAUACACACAUACACAAACACACAGAUAUACAGGCAAACGGUCAAACACUUACACAAAUGAAUACAUCACAUUUGUAUGCUCGAAAUACGCGCGAUCGGGUCCUCUAAGAAUUCGUUGAUAACGUCGAACCUUUUUAGGGUGAGGGAUUCAAAGAAGAACGCGAUGCCUAGACUGAGCUCGUUUACUUUGGCCGAUUAAUGAAAUCAGUAAUUACGGACAAAGUGUGAGCCAAAAGACACGUGGUGUCACGUCGACUUAAAAUUCCCUGAACUCUGACCGUCCAUUCGCGACAGUGAUGGUCACCUCACUUAGAAUUAUCUAAAGCUAUUCUAUAAAUAUAUACAUAAAAUGUAUACAUAUAAAUCUAUAUAUAUAUAUAUAUAUAUAUAUAUAUAUAUAUAUAUAUAUAUAUAUAAGAAUAAAAAAUCAUUGUAUUCGAGCGAAGGGGCGUGAAUGUGUGAGUUGUAUACACUUGGAGAGCACGUGUCAAACUUUCCCUUUUUAAAUAAAAGGGAAAAAAGAAAGGGAAACUUGAGAGCAAGAUGAAAGAAUGCGUGUGCGUGAGUAAGUAUGUAAGAAUGAGUGAGAAAAUAAUGGCUCAUGCGAAAAAAAUAUACACACAUAUAUAUAUAUAUAUAUGUAUAUAUAUAUAUAUAUAUAUAUAUAUAUACACAUACACACACACACACACAUAUAUAUAUAAAUAAAUAUAUAUAAAUAUAUAUAUAUAUAUAUAUAUAUAUAUAUGUUUAUAUAUGCAUAUAUAUAUGUAGGUGUAAUUUAGAGGCGGGCCCGGCAGCGCCCCUCGCUGUGAUAUGAGAGGAGCAGCCUGCAAUCACUAAACCAUUGUACUUAUAUCUUGUAUCAUAGUAUUAUAAAAGAAUAAUAAUAAACUAAUUAUUAUAUCGUCAUUUACUCGUGCGCACGAAAGAAAAUAUAAAAAGAGGAGGAAGAGAUGAGAGCUUUGGCUCUCAUUCUAACGCCGUACAUAAAGUCUCGUCGUGUCUCUCAUUCUAAUUAAUUAACGCGCUACCGCUAUCGAUAGAACGCCCAAUCUUCCGCUGCAAUAGAAAUCUCAUUCGCCGUGCAAAACAACGUCUACUUUCGCGUCAAACAUUCGCAUAUACAUAUUAACAUAAAUCAAUACAUACAUACGCGUGUACGUAUACGUACAAAGAAAUUCAUAUGUAUGUAUACGUACAAUACAUACAUGCAUACAUGCAUACAUACAUACAUACAUACAUACAUACAUACAUACAUACAUACAUAUACGUACAUACAUACAUACAUACGAAAAAAAGCAAACAUGUACACGAGAAUCGGUGUUUCUCCGGCUAUUUCAACUAACGAUUUUCGUGUUAAACAGUAUUUUAUAUAUAGAUGGAUAUAUGUGUAAAAAUAUAUACCGUUUUAAUAUCGUCCGAGUCUUCCACGGGUCUAAAAAAAAUUAACUUUUAACGUUCUUUUAUAUAACUAAUGUCUUUAUCAUAAAUGACGAAAACGUAUGGACGAAUUAUACUUAUUGUAUAUUAUUAUAUAAAUUCAUUAAUUUAUUCUUCAAACGUGUUACAUACAUAUAAUGUAUAUUCGUUGCAAAGAGAAUUUAUAAUUCGCAGGAAGUCGAGUAUGUAAUAAAUUAUUGUUUCUCAUUCGGUAUAUGUGUAUAUAUAUUAUAUAUAUUAUAUAUAUACACACGGUCUUAUUACUAUUUAAAAUCAAAAUCAAAUAAAUAAUUAUCGAUAAUAUAUAUCGUCGCGUUUUUAUAAAACUAAUAUUUAUUUCGGAUAUUUAUCGCGCAAAUUUUAAAGCAAAAACUCUGAAACGAAUACGAGAAAGAGAUGCAAGCGUGUGUCAUUCAACUUUAAUCCCAAUAUAAUAUAAAUGAUAUUACGAAUAAUGUCAAAAAUAUCGAACAUAAUUAUAUAGUAAGAAAUAUACACUAUAGAAUAUGUUCUCUAAGCGUAAUUAUGAUUUCAUCUUCGUUUUACACUGUCGUUAAGUACAAGCACGUACUUCAUGAAAUAAAAACGAAUGCGUUCGCUUUUUAUACAUUUAUCAUGAGAUACUUUUAUUUAUAAUUAAAAUUUAUAAAAUAUCGGAAUUUCUGCUUAAGUAAUUGCGAAAACCGAAUAAUACAAUGAGUGAUAUUAAAAAUUCGUGAACUUAUAAAAUCACUAUCUUUAAAUAAUUAUUUGAAUAACUAAAUUAUUUUGCGGGAAAAGAAUAAAUAUCGAUAUUGAAGAUAUAAAUAAUAAUUAUUAACAGGAAUUCUGAUAUAGAAAUGAUUUUAUCGAAUUAAUGGACAAAUGUUUUUUCAAUCCAAAAAAUUUUGCGACUAAAUAUCUUACUAAGUGUAUUCUUUAACACGUUGAACGUUAUAAUUAUAUCAUAGAUACAAUCGUCUAAAAUAUUUAUUUACAAAAAUAUUCGCAAGGUUAAUUAAAGGAAGAGUAAAAUCUAGUCAAAAAAAAAAUAUAUAUAUAUAUAUAUAUAUAUAUAUAUAUAUAUAUAUAUAUAUAUGAUACUAAAUUGAAAAAAAAAAAAGAAAAGAAUGAAAGAUACUAGAUGAAAAUGUCGAUUGAUAGAGAAUUCAACGUGUUAAAGUGAAAAAAUGAUUAUUGAAAUAUAUUAACGACGAUAUUUUGCUUUUUGAAAAAAUUCAAAUAUCCAGAACUGACAUGGAAAUUGUUCCUUACAAAAUUUCCGUUCGUCUAUUUAUAGUCUCGUCGGUGAAAAUUUUCUAAUGCAUUUAUAAUUUUUUGUUAUAGUUUUCUAACGGCAAAAUUUCAUUAACACGAAAAUCGUUAAAACGUAAUGCAUCAGCGUUACAUAUAAAUGUAAAUAAUCGUUAAGAAGCAAAAACUUAGAGGAGAAAAUCGAAUACUUUGAAAAGAGCAAGAGUCGGAUCGUAGCUCUUUUACGAAAAUCAACUGGGAUUAUAAUUAUAAUUAAGUAUAGCGUAAUCGGGUAUAAAGAAAAAAUAAAAUAAAAUAAAAUAAAAUAAAAUAAAAUAAAAUAAAGUAACACUCUUUGGAUUACGCAUUAGAGCGUAAGGUCCAAAUUUUUCAUAAUAUAAGUAAUUUCGAUGUGUACCUAAAAAUACAUGUCGUGAUAUGUGUCGCAUAAGUCGUUCUCAGGUGUGAAUAAUGAACAAGUUCUCCGAUGUGGACGGAUAGAGAAGGCCGCCGUGAGAAAUCAUCGUCCUGCCGUGAGCCUCGUAAAAUUGUCCAAAAAUUAUUGCUUACGACUUCGGGUUUCUGUAAAUAUUGUAUAAUCCAUGUAUAAACAUUUCUCUAGCUAUAAAACGUAUCACUGUAGUCAGACACGUUACGAAUCAUUAUAACUAUAUCACUUCAAUAAUAAACCAUUAUUAUGAGACGAAGAAG